AUGAGUAGUCCACGAAAAUUUGCAGAAAAAAUUGCAUUAAUACAACAGAAACAAGCAGAAGGUGAUGCAGCUUUUAAUACAAUUAUUUAUGAAGUUGAAGCUGCUAAACAAGUAUGUGAAAAUAAUUAAAUGAAUAAAUAAAAAUAAUGUUUAUAUAUACAUAUAUUUAU